GUUCGGGAAUCAAGACUACAGGCUGCAACAUCGAAGCAAAAGGUUGGUACCAAGUAGGGACUUGGUAUGCAAAGGAGGGCCGCGACACCGCGCCCUCCGACACUGGACUAUGUGACAUAUGAAGACUGGACCUCGACCGUACCUGGGCAGUGUGGGACUCCGUAGCUGCGUAGCACGGCGAACACGUUCGGAGUUUUUCCAAACGUCCGAACGUGUUCGGCCGUUCGCCCGAUCGCCGCGCGAACACGUUCGCACGAACGGCUUUCGGAGGCCUCGCCGGGCGGAACCGGGCCCGGUAGGGCGCCCAGGGGGCCUUGUUGGGGUUGGGGGAUUGGUUGGCGGGGUUGGGCGGGCGCUGGGAGCAUCUGCGUGGCAGGAGGGGUCAGCCUGGGCCCGCUCGUUCGAAUUCGAACGCGUAUACGGGCAUCGCCAGCGACCCCGCCAGUCACCCGCCCACGGAGCCGUCGUUGUCGUCGGCGUCGUCGUCUCCAUCGCCGCCCAGGAGGAGGAGGAGGAGGAGGAGGCAGAGGAGGCAGAGGAGGAAGAGGAGGAAGUGAAGGAAGAGGACGGGGAGGAGUUGAAGGAGGAAGAAGAAGAAGAAGAGGAGGAGGGCUUCCGUCUGAAGCCCCUUUUGCCCGUUGUGGUACUCGACUUUCGGCUCAAAGGAGAAGUGUGCCCGAGCCCAUGUUGGGGACGAGGAGGAGGGGGAGGAGGACGAGGAGGUGGUCGACGACAGGGAGGUGGAGGAGGAGGAGGAGGAGGAGGAGGAGGAGGAGGAGGAGGAAGCAAAGCACACGGACGGCGACGUGAAAGCCUGAGCGAAGGAGGUGGUCGAAGAAGAGGAGGAGGAAGAGGAGGACGAAGUGGAGAGGAGGUUGGGGCGACGAAAGACGAGGAAGAACAAGACAAAGAAGAGGAGGAGGAGGAAGCCGGGGAGGAGGUGGCGGAGGAGGACGAUGAAGAAGAAGAAGAUGAGAAGGAGGGGGAGGGAGGAGACUAUUUAACGCGCGCAAUAAAGGAGACUGCCAGCGAUGACGAUGAUGGUCCUGUGCUGGAGGACGACGCGGUGGAGCGAGGGGGAGGGGUUGCGAUGGAUGGGGAGGCAGAGGAGGCGGUUCAUGGGGAGGCUGGCAGCGGGGUGGAUGAGGUGACAAGAGGGGUUGUGGCCGAUGGAGAGACUCUGGUCCGGAGACCUGCAUUGUCGCAGACUGCGGAGCAGGCUGCCCGCAGACGGGGGGCGGCUAGACAGACGAGCAUCGUCAGGUACGCGAAGAACCCCAGACAGGCGGACAUCGAUGAUACCUGCUGCGAGUUCUUCGUCGAGAACGCCAUCCCGUUCAACGCCGCGAAAAGCAAGAGCUUCAAGAAGUUCCAGCUGGCGUGUUAUGGGCCGCAACCUGCGGCGAGCUGCCCUCUUGUGCCCACUGGGUACAACCCACUACGAUGCAGGCUGCUUGAUCGGUUGCGCGGGAGGUUGGAGGCUGAGGAGAAGGCGGUCUGGGACGACUGGGAUGUGACAGGCUGCACGUUCAUAACCGAUGGCACCACAGACAUUUGUGGGCAAUCGCUUAUGAACUACAUCCUCGCCGGGCGGUCGAAACCCGUUUUCAUCAAAUGCGAGGAUGUGAGCGAGGGGGAGAAGGAUGCAGCUGCCGUCGUCGCUGGGUGGAAGAGGUUCCUCAGGGAGUGGGGAGUAGAGAAGGUGACUGCGAUCUGCACAGACUCCUUCGCAAGGAACAAGAGCGCUGCCCGGAUGUUGAGGGAGGAUCCCGAAUUCGUGCAAAUCUACUGGAUCCCUUGCACGGCACAUUGCAUGGACCUGCUCAUGCACGACAUCUGCAAGAAGGAGUGGUCGGCGACCAUCAUCGAGAAGGCCAACAAGGCUGAUGUCAAGAAGCUGACCACCCUCAUGAAAGGCCCUUAUGAAGUCCUACGAGAGGUGGACAAGGAUGUCCACUGCUUGUCUCGGAUCUACGACCUGGCCCGUCAAUUGCCUGUCUUCGUCCGUUCGGCCCCCCUCGGUGACAAGGAGCAAGAUGAUGUCCUGGUGGACGUGAAGAAUAGGACAGAUAUGCUGCUCAGCCCGAUCCACGCCGUGGCCCGGUUGCUGGAUCCAGUGUUGAGGGACAUUGCUGUUUUCAGCAAUGUCGAGCUCAUGACGCAGUUUGAGGCUGUUGUGGAGCGCCUCAUCGGCAAGAGAGGGAGCAAGACGUUUGAUGACUGCUUGGACCAACAAUAUGAGUUUCAGAUGGCGAGAGGAGUGUUCGGCACCACACAGGCGGUGCAGAGGAUGAAGAAGGACAAUGCGGUGCUGUGGUGGGAGACGCAUGGGGCUGGCCAUCCAGAGAUCAAGGCUCUAGUGGUGAAGGUGGUCUACAUUUGGACGACAUCCUCUCUAGCAGAGAGGAAUUGGAGCACUUGGUCUCUUGUGCAGACGAAGUCCAGGAACAAGCUGCACCACCAGCGCACCGAGAAGUUAGUGUACUCGCACUGGAGCCUCAGGCUCAAGAGCAGGGGCGAUGACGGCCCAACGGUGGUAGGAGGAUGGUUGGGGCUAGCAGCAGACUGGGCUGACGAUGAUUUGGAGGGUGAUCAGGCGGGUUUGACUGACGCUGUCGACRACGGUGAGCUCSGUCAUGAGGCUGCUCCAUCCRGUGCRGGUAGCACCACCAUUCGCCAUGAUCCUGCUGCGGCCGGGACAWCAGCAGGCGUGCCGAGGYGAGRAGAGGUGGAGGAGGGUAUGGAGUGGGGUGACAUGGAGGAGGAGGAGGACGAUGACGAUGUGGACAGCGAGGACGAGAUUCCACAUGACGAGUGGGUGGACGAUCGGUCAGACUCUGACAGAUCGUGGACGAGGAGGGAGGAAAUCACACCAUAUGUUCCGGGCACACGACAUGGAUUGAGGUCCCAGAGUCAGCGGCAGCAGGUGCAGCAACAUGAGGAGCAUCCUGUGGAGCACCAUGAGCAGGCUGUUGUGGAGCAGCAGCAGCAGCAGGCUGACGAGGAGCAGCAAAUAGAGGAGCAGCAGCAGCAGGCCGACGAUCAGCAGGGGGAGGAGGCACUGGGGCACGGGGAGCAUGAGGGCGAGGCAGAGGGAGGUCAGUGCCGCCCGGAGGUGGGGUCAUUUUAUGGUGCCAGUCUCCCGCCGCACCUGCUCGGUAGUGGGCAAGCACAUCCCGGGCGUGUAUGGGAUCCGCUCGGCUAUCGUGCUCCGCGAGGCAGAGGGCGCCUUCCUUCCACAGGAGGCAGAGGUCGCGCUCGUGCCGCACGAGGGACAGGUCGCCUGAGAGGGCAGCAACGGAAGGACAAGCAGCCAAUGCCUGAUCCUGCAGCCUCCACCUCUGAUGACGACUCCCAUGAUAAUGAAGCAUGCGAUGCAUCAGCUACAGCAGCUUCAGCAGUACUAGCCGCAGCAGCAGCAGCUUCGACAUCUGCAUGUGUUGCAGCACAUGCAGCAGCGCAUGCACCUCUGGCAGCUGCUGCUUCUGCGGCUUGUGCCACUUAAGCUGCUUCAGGUAGUGCAUCAUCUACAUGACAAGAUGCAACGACCAUA